AUGCAUUGUUUCAUUCAACCAGUGAGUGGUAUGCCUAGUUUCUUCUGUACUUUCAUUUAUGCCUUCAAUGACAGUUGUAAUAGAGAAGUGUUGUGGAAAGAUUUGAAAUCUUUAAACACACGGGAUGCUUGUAUCUUGUGUGGAGAUUUCAAUUGUGUUAUGAACACUGAUGAGAGAGUUGGAUCCCCUGUCAGGAAUGCUGAAAUAGUGGAUAUCUGUGAGUGUAUGGACUCCUGUAAUAUGGAGGAUAUUAAAAGUGUAGGUAACUUUUACACUUGGAAUAACAAGCAGCAUGGGCCAGCUAGGGUUUUCUCUAAAAUUGAUAUAAUUAUGGCUAAUCCCAAAUGGUUAGGUGUCUAUAGUUCAGCUGAAGUAUGUUUUAUGAAUGAAGGUUGCUUUGAUCACUCUCCUGGUUUAUUAACUGUUUAUCCUAGGGAUACAGGAGGGAAAAAACCUUUCAAGUAUUUUACAAUGUGGAAAGCUGCUCCUCAAUUCAUGACUCUUAUCCAAGAACAAUGGACUGGUACAGUUCAAGGGAGCAAGAUGUUUGGUGUUGUUGACAAGGUGAAGAAGGUGAAAUUGGCUCUUAAAGAGUUGAAUAAGAGGGGAUUUUCUGAUAUUCAAGCUUCUGACCUUCAAGCAUAUCAUGACAUGGUUGCAGCUCAGACAGCAAUGCAUCUUGAUCCUGCUGAUCUGUCACUUGCAGAUGCAGAGCUCAUUGCAGUUCAGAAUUACAAAGUUAAGCAUCAAGCUUAUCUGGAGUUUUCGAAACAAAAGGCAAAGGCUGCUUGGCUUAAGGAUGGUGAUGAAAAUACCUCCCUUUUUCAUCAGAGUAUCAAAGCUAGGAACACUCAUAACCAGGUUUAUAGUAUCUGUGGCAUGGAUGGGAUUUGGAAAGACAACCCUGCAGAUAUCUCUCAAGCUUUCUUGGACUACUAUACAACUUUGUUGGCUGGUGAAAUAAAGAAGGCUUUGUUUUCUAUUCCUGGUAGGAAGGCACCAGGACCUGAUGGUUAUGGUUCUUAUUUCUAUAAAGAUGCUUGGAGCAUUGUUGGUGCAGAUGUUAUCAGUGCUGUGUUGGAUGUUCUGCAACAUGGCAAACUGUUAAAGGAGCUUAAUCACACAGUCAUCACUCUCAUUCCUAAGACUAAGUGUCCAAAGAAUGUGAGUGAGUUUAGACCUAUUUCCUGUUGCAACACUCUGUACAAGUGUAUCACUAAGGUGAUUUGUAGUAGAUUGAGGCAAGUGCUACCAGACUUAAUCAUUCAGAAUCAAGGGGGGUUUGUCCAUGGUAGAUAUAUGGUUCACAAUAUCAUGGUGGUUCAGGAUUUGGUGAAGCAGUAUGGUAGGAAGAGUGCUAAACCAAGUUGUAUGAUGAAGAUUGAUCUUCAAAAAGCCUAUGACACAGUAGAUUGGGAUUUCCUACAAGAAAUGUUGGUUCAGUUGGGCUUCCCUAGAGCUUUUGUGACACUUGUUAUGGAGUGUGUGACUACUCCUAAAUUUUCUUUGAUGCUCAAUGGGAAUAUGCAUGCUUUUGAGUUGUUCUCAGUUUCCUCUGGUCUCUUAGCCAACAAGCAGAAGUCAGCUAUUUACUGUUGUGGUAUGGCUGAGUAUGAUGUUUCCAGAAUUGUCAAUGUUUCUGGUUUUACUAGGAGUCAUCUUCCAUUUAAAUAUCUGGGUGUUCCCAUCUGUGCUAAAAGAAUCUCUACUGCCCAAUGUGAUGCUCUUGUGGAUAAGAUGAUUGCUAGGAUUAAAGUCUGGAGUUCAAGGAAUCUCUCCUGUACAGCAAGAAUGCAACUCAUCAACUCUGUCUUAAUGAGUAUACAUAUGUACUGGGCUCAGGUGUUUAUUCUGACUAAGAAAGUUUUGCAUGAUGUCACUAAGAUCUGUAGGUCCUUCCUUUGGAGUGGACAGGCAUAUAGUCAGAAAAACAGCAACAUUUCUUGGGAUAGUUCCUGUUGUGAUAAAAAGCAAGGUGGUCUUGGCUUCAGAGAUGUUAUCAGUUCGAAUAUUGCAAGCAUUGGGAAGUAUGUUUGGGCCAUUGCAUCCAAGCAGGAUAAUGUUUGGAUCAAAUGGGUUCAUGCUGUGUACAUUAAAGAUGGAAAUUGGUGGGAUUACAUGCCUGCAGCCUCUGCUAGCUGGUAUUGGAAGAAGAUAAGUGCCAUAAAAGAGAAAUUGAAGGUAGUGUAUACUCAGGCUGAGUUAGCUGAUAUGCCUCAUUAUUCUGUGAAAACAGUGUAUGAGAAGAUUGUUGGACCUAAACCUGUGAUACAUUGGGAUAACAUGGUGUGGAAUAGACUGAAUAUCCCUAAGAAUAGAUUUAUAUGCUGGUUAGCAGUGCAGGGUAGGCUUCAAACCACUGCAAAAUUGGCAAGAUUUGGAGUUAGCAACACUGCAACUUGUUUGAUCUGUGGACAAGCUGAUGAAUAUCAUAAGCACUUGUUCUUUGCUUGUCCUUACAGCAGUAGAAUGUCCAAGUUCAAGAAGCAAGUUAGCUUUGCAAUGCUAGCUGCUGCUGUCUAUUCUGUUUGGUCUAGCAGGAAUAGUAGUUUUUGGAAUGCUUCAUUCCCAACUGUGCAGAAUUUGGUAACUAGGAUUAAGCAAAAUGUUAGAGAUCGAAUCUUGUUUGUUAUGCCUAAAAAUGUAACUAGGAGAGAUAGCUUGUGGUUUGCUUCUCUAAUGUCCAAGUUCAGGAAGCAAGUUAGCUUUGCAACGCUAGCUGCUGCUGUCUAUUCUGUUUGGUCCAGCAGGAAUAGUAGUUUUUGGAAUGCUUCAUUCCCAACUGUGCAGAAUUUGGUAACUAUGAUUAAGAAAAAUGUUAGAGAUCGAAUCUUGUUUGUUAUGCCUAAAAAUGAAGUCAUGGCUCGAAUUAAGCAGACGGCCAAUGUGGGUGCAUGGGAGGCACCCUGGGAGAGCCAUGUUCCCUUUUCAAAUCUUCCUCACGUGUCGAGGAGGGGGGCUAACCCUUCACGUCGUUCUAAUAGAGGAGGUGCCAGAGCGGCCCAUCAUCCAAGGCGACAUAAGAGCGUGGCACGCCGUCCUCCAGUCCCAAGAGAGGCCUUUGAGGAUGAUUCGUCCAGUUCCUCAGACAGUGAGGUAACGAGGCAUCCACCCCCUCAUGGAUUUUGGGAAAGAGGACUAGGAUCUUUUUUCAUCUGA